AUGUCGCAGUUUUAUUGGCAAUUGCAAACGAAUACACAGGAGCAAGGAAAGAACGGUGCAAAGGACGGCGAUGAAUGGAGUUGUGUUGGGUUGACCAAUGAUGAUACCAGGGAAGAAUUGCAACAACAACAAUCCUGCUGGUGGGAUCAACAGAAUCAAAUUGGAAUGGAUCCAUAUAGCGCGGCAGCAUUUGAAGGUUUCCGGGCAUCUUCUGGUGGCGAUGAUCAUAUGAGAAGUUGGCAAACAUCGAUAACGCCCAAUAGUACCAGCGCAUUUUUCACUCAACAACAGUUGGAACAAAUUCCUGCGAAAAAAACGGCUUCACAUGAAAUUCAUGAACAGCAAAAUGAGCAAGUACAGUAUUCGUUUGGUAUUCAUCAACCAAUUUUGAACUUUGAGCAAAGCAUUGCCAACCAUAAUGCAGAAAAAGUGAUUGAUGAAAAAUAUAAUAGUCAGCAUAUAAAAAUGGAACUGGUUUCCGGUGAUGAUGCGGAAGAUAAUAUGGCGACAGAUACAUUGCAACCAGAAGAAAAGCAGCAAGUAAUAAGCGAGACUGAAAGCAAUGUACCAGUAGUAGCAGUAGCUCAGGUCGUCCCUAUGAUAGCAACAUCCAUUGCUACCGCGACAGAGACAUCGCUUACUGCUAAUGUUUUGCCCUCUAAUCAAACAUUCCCAGCAGCUAUUUCUUCUGCUGCAAACAUUGCCCGCGUUGGUCCUAUUUCUAAUCACGACUCCUUCGGACUCUCGGUGAAUCGUGUUGUUCCAACAUUGCAACCAGUCGUUCCUAACCCGCAGAUGCCUUCACUCGCAUCUGUUGCAAGUACUCGCAGUACUCCAUUACUAGUUGAAGAAACUGGUGAAACACAAAAUAUUGCUGCUAUCGAUGGGACAGAGGUUGCUUUGAACAACAUAUUUGUAACAAAUUCUCAACAACCAGAUGGUGUUAUGGCAUCAAGUGGAAGGCAGCAAUCUGUUAUAAACAGUGCUUCUAAUCAACUAAAGAAAGAGAUUGAUGUGGUCCCCAAUUCACUUCCAACUGACAGCAUCCAAGAGACACAACAGCAGAAUGCAUUGAGACAAAUUUUAACGAAGGACGAUAAGAAACAGAACACUGCGAUAUCAUCGGCAGAACAAUCCACGGAUUUAGCUGCACCUGAAGAUUCCCAUAGUAGAACUACUGAAAAGCAUAAGGAUUCAAAAAAUGUUCGAGACCGAUAUCGCAUUAUUCGCCAACAAUAUCCGGAAGUGAUCAGACGAUUGGAUCGUUUGAGAAUGGAAACUCAUAACUUGGAUUGUCGUCCGAUGCAGAAAGCUUCAUUACUAGAAAUCGACGAAAGUUCUCAUAAAUCGAUACCGAACAGGAAAUAUAAGAAUUCAGCAGCAAUUGGUUUUAAUUCCAACGUUAGUACGAAUUCGAAGAAUGUUGAACCGACGUCGGAUUCUCGACCUCCUUCCAAAAUGAAUCAUUCAUAUACGUUUCCCGACCGCAUGAGCUCUGAAGAUAGUUCUACAAAAAACGAUGUCUGUUACGGGGAGGACUUCGUCAAUUCACUUCGUCGAAAUCGCCAUGCUCGUACUCGAGAACAUGAUUAUUUUUCAUUACGUGGCACUAAAUCAGAGAUGGGCGAGAUAGGACCAUAUAGAGGUCCUGCACUUAUCAAGCAUAAGCAAAUGAUGCAGAAUACAUAUGGCUAUCAUUCUUCAGCCGGUUACCAGUACGAGUAUUAUCCAAGUGGCAGGCAGUCUUUGGGACCACAUCUUGGACGACGUGCAGCUCAUGAAUUAGCGAUAAUGUACGAUGAUCUGGUACGCCGACCCCCAUCUUCAUUCGAUGCGCCACAUUUGAAAUAUCAACAGUUAAAUGAAUUCGCUCAGAACUCUCAUCAAAAUGAUGGAGGGGAACAUUCGAUCUUAAGUGGGGAAGAAAGUAGUGGAAGUGAUAGUGAAAUGGCACGAAUCCAUAGUGAACAGGAAAUGGCACGACGAGCUGCUGUGGUGCGUCACAAUGCAAUGCAUUUCACAGCUCCAAAUGAGUUUUACUAUUUCGGUGUGAUACAGUUACCACAGGAACGCGUGGAGUAUAUAAUGCGCAGAUUGCCGCCACCUCCAGAAUACUUCGAACUACCUGCAAUAGAAAAGGCGGCUUAUUUGUUUUACUGUGCUCUAUAUCGUCAUCAUUAUAUCCCAGUGGAUUUGUUUCAUAAAAAAUUCAACCGAGAAUAUUUUAGCUACGUAUGUGAAGGAGAUUCAGCAGAAGUUGCGCUUUGGAAGAUCUGCAAACAUACACAAGAAGAAUAUAUAGCUAAGCGUUCUGUAAAUCAAUUGAAGGCCUAUGAAAUGUCCCAGAAACAGCUAUUCAGCGAUGAGCAUGAAACACUUGACAGCAGGCAAAGUGAACGGGGAAGCCGAUGCGAUGCUGAAGAUGACAGUGAUCAAGUGAGCAUUGAUUCUGCUGCUAAAGAACCGAUGAAAUUCCGUGUUCCGCAUUCAUUUCUAAGAUUUGGUGUCGGUGGGAAGGUAAUCAUGCUGAAUGUUCAGAAUUCGGAAAGUGUCAUAGAAAUACGUGAUCUGAAAAGUUUGUUUGGUAGUCAUAAUCUGCUGCGUAUUUCGAAUGCCAUUGAAUCAUUUCGAGGUCCUCUUAUUGCUGGAUUUACUCCAACCCAUUCCGUACAUCUUUAUGUGCAGCGUCAAAUUGAACUUAUUCUAAAAUCGGAAGCUUAUCUUUUAAAUCCAUCAAAUAGCUUAGAAAAUGACUGUCUUUUAAUAUGGCAACUUUUGGAAAUGCUUGUGCAGCAACAAGGGCGGGUAACGGGUCCGGAUUUGGCACGGUUAUUAAUGGCUGUUUGUGAUAUGUCGGAGCAGCAACGACAUGUCAAAGAAAAAUCAAGCCUUCGUACUUCUGCAAACUUCAAUGAACGUUCUGUGGAUCCCAAGGCAUAUGAUCGUUUCACACAACUUCUUCUAGGCGGGCACAUUAAAGAAGCUCUUGAAAGUGCGGUGAGGGAUGGACUGUAUUCGGAUGCAAUGAUUCUGGCACGUCGUAUGUGUUCCAAUGAACCGCAAGAACUUGAAAAAAUCGAAGCAAACUUUUUGUCGCAUCGAUCAGAAUUAAAUCCUGUAAUGACCCUUCUUUCAGUUGCGAAUGGACAACCGGCUCCGGUUUUGACAAGUCCACCGAUGGAUGAAGCCAGUAGCUGGCGUUCACAUGCAGCUGUAGUGCUGGCCAAUUUAAAUACUCCAACAGCUCUUGGAACAGUAUACCAACUUGGUUGCGUACUUUCUCAUCGUGGAUUACAUGCUGCGGCUGAUUUUUGCUUUCUAGCAGUCAGCCUUUUGAUACCUACCUAUAAUCCAUUCGAACCGGUACCUAGGAGCGAAGAUACGAAUGCAGAUGUUCGUCGGCACAUAACACUUAUUCAUGCGACUUUGCCAACAGAAAUGAAUUUCGGAUUUUCAAAAGGCUUCUCGAUAAUAGAUUUACAUGCUACGGAAAUUUUUCAAUAUGCCACAAAAUUGGCCAACAAUGGUAUUCCAAUGAAUUUCAACGCAUCAGUUGCAUAUCAGUUGUCUCGUCUGGAUUAUGCAGAAAUGGUUGCGGAAUUUGGGAAUUCUUCGAGAGACGCUUUCCGAUACUGCGUUGAAAUUGCGAAGGAAAUUUGGGACAGACGUCAUGAAAUCGAAAUCGAACAACUUGAACGGCUUUACGAACUUGCUGAGCGUCUGAAAUUUGUGGCAUCCACAGAUGCAAAUAGUACGGUCUGGCUUCCGGCUUUGCGAUCUUUCAUAGAUAAGCAGCAAAAAGUAACUGAUGAAAAGAAAGUAGUACAAGAUGAUGUUACGGCAGUUGUCGAUCAUGAUACCGAAAGUGUUGGUCUAGUCAUGGCACCAGAACUAUCACCACAAACCAAAACGACUGGAAAUUUCUUUGAAAAUGGUGUCCAGCAGAAUGACUUCGCUAAUACAACAGUAUCAUGCUCUGAGACGAUUGAAAGACAUAUUGAACAGGAAGCAGUUACGAUUUUAGCAGUCCCUGAUAAGCAGAACGAAACAGAAAAUCGAAAGCCUGGAAUUAACGAAUGUCGCAUGCAGACGGGACAACUACGAGAAAUGGAUAGAACAUGCAGUAAUACAAACGCAUCGGUAAAUACUUCUCAAUACACCACACACCUUCCAGUCUUGUCAGCUAGUGCGAAACAUUCUGCGGAAGGUGGCAUUACAACUCAUGCAACAACUGUUUCGCCUCCGUUGCUGCAACCUAAAGAACAAAUUUCACAUGAAACAUUGCAAAGUUAUUAUAAUGAUGGUACCUAUAAGUGGAAAUUCUUGAAAAUGGAACAGCAAACUGAUUUGAAAGAAGCAGACAGCGAAGUAGCAGUGGAAUGUACAACAGAUAGCACGUCUACAAAUAGUCAUGAAAAUACUCCCCAUGGAAAGGAAGAAAGAGUCCCAAACAGAAUGGCAUCUAUUCUAUCAACAGAAAACCAGAUUAAGGGAACAUUACAAUCUGACCACAUGCCACCAGCAACCCUAAAUCCAGGCGCAAAUCAAUACCCAAAUUUUAUAACAGAACCUUCGUUUUCUUCCCAGCAACAGUCAGAUAUGGUUAAAAAGGAUGAAAAGACACAUAGUGAGGAGAAAAUUGUAAAUGAUCAUCGUCAGAAUUCGGGACUAUUUUCAAAGCUAAAAGCAACGAUUGCAAAAGCAAUCCCAUCAAGCAAUGAAAUGAUUCUUCCCGACGACAAACAUCCAUCGAUUAUAUGGGAUCCGAAACUCAAUAGGUAUGUUGGUGAAGGAGUUGGGGAAGAAUCUGUCCCGGAACCACCACCGUCGGUUACACCAAGUUCGGAAAACGUACAUGGGUCGACACAUGGUAACGUUGGUGGAUUAGUUGCUGCUCGACUAAGUGGUGGGUCGAGGUAUUUCAACCCACUCAUUGAAACAUCAUCUUCAAAGCCGGCGACUCAUGCUGUCCCGGUUUUGCCGCCAGUACCUGCUCCUGCCAGUUUUGGCUUUAUACCCUCAAUGCCUGAUGAUAACGAAGCAUCCACAGAAAGUCCGUUCAGUGUUCAUACUGCUUUAUUGCCAAAGGAGGCUGAAAUUGCUGAAUAA